GUUUCCGGAUUUUAUCUAUCUGCUCUCAAUGCGAAUCGAAAUAGAGUCACUUGUUUGCUACGAGCUUCUUCAGCCGCCCAUCUAGUUCUUCUUCUUCUUCAUUCAAACAUAUAUUUGUUGGUAAAGAUGAAGGAAACUCUUUGUUAGUCUAUGGUGUUAGGAGGUUUCACUUGUAGAGUUUGCCAUGCUAAUGGCUGUUAAAAUUCCAUCAUUCGUUUUCCCUCUAAACGCGAGGAUGGUUGCAGCCGUUGAAGACUACAAGUCUGCAUCUCUUGCUAGUGGUCAAACACACUUUGCUGAUAGAACUGUUUUUCGUGUCAGCAAGGGACUGGGAUCUCAUACAUGCUACAUUAAUGUAGGAAACUUUUCUUUCUCUAGCAGCACCAAGAGAUCAGCUUGGUCUGUAAAUAGCAGUAUAAACGAUGGAACAUUUGGUACGCCCCCUACAAAUAACAAUGAUGGUGGCACUCGACUAUUUCAAGCUUUUCAAGCUCUUAGAGGCAGGUUGAGUGCAAGAAUAAAUGAGAUAAAGAAGAAUCUACCAAUGAAAUUCUUCUUUUUCCUUGUGGGAUUUUAUUGUGCAACUGCCUUUGCUACUGUUAUUGGGCAAACAGGAGACUGGGACAUUCUAUCAGCUGCAUUAGCAGUUGUUGUUGUGGAAGGAAUCGGGGCACUCAUGUAUGGAGCUUCUCUUCGAUUACUAAGCAGGGUGAAGAACUUGAUAACCAUGUUUAAUUAUUGGAAAGCUGGGUUAUCUCUUGGCCUUUUCUUGGAUUCCUUCAAAUAUGAAAUGGAGAACAUAAUUGGGUUAACCAAUAAUCCCUUCAAUUUUGAUAUAGAUUACUUUACUUCAUUCUUUUAAGUCUCUCUGCUGCCUGCUUGAGUUUUGGUACCAGAUUAGCAGCCAAUGGAGGUUUGACAGCCUAUUUUAAAGAGUGCAAGCAAACCCGACCAACCUAAACAAGGCUCGAUGGCGGUUUCUCGUGGAAGAAUGUUGUGUGAUCUCAAUAAGCCAGCUUGAAAUGAGGAACUUUAUUAUGAUGAGGUCAGAAUUCAAUUCUUGGAAAGAUCUGAUUUGAUAAAAAAUGUUUCUGUCACUAUGUUAUCUGAUUUCAUGUACUGAUCAAGAAUGACUAGGUUAGUUGUUGAUGAUGGUUGCAAACAAGAUGUCUAAGACUGCCAAAGCUACUUGUACCUUGUAUAUAACUACACUUUUUUUGGUGACUUGAUUAUUCAGUUGUUCAUUCAACAUAGUUAUUGUCAUGUAAUAAAAGGGAAUUCAUAUA